AUGAAGGUUCAGUACAAUCCGAUGCGAAAUUCGUUCACUGUCAUUGGGCCCAGGGAACGAGAUAACGAGGCACAGCAGGCUUUCGUGGGAGUUGUCAACAAUUUCAUAGAAAAGCUUUACACAAAUAACCUUGGGGACAAUCAAUACCUCACUCGAGGUAAAAUUGUCCGUCCGAACACGACACAGAUGUUCGUUCGGAAGCUCCAAUGGUCAGACGAUCCAAAAGUUUUAUACAAAGAUGAUGCAGAUGAGAUUUCUGAGGUCUUCGAGGAAAUCAAGCAUGAAGUUGAAGGUGUUAGAUUUGAGAAAUUUCACAAAUGGACUCCAAAAUACAGAGACACUUUCCGCGAAUGCUUCUUUGGUGACGGUGUCGACGCCAUUGAUGAAAUUUCGAAGGCAACCCGCUGCGUCAUGAAAGUCGACUGGGUCACCAGAGAAGUCAAAAUCGGAGCACACAGCGACAUCGCCUUGGAAGCUGGGUUGGAGAAAUUGAACCUUGCUGAGAAGUACUUCAAUUGGGACUACAAGAAAUUUACAUCUCAUAUUAUCAACAGCGAUGGAAGGGCCUAUUUUGAGAUCCGUCUUGUCCUAAUCACGAAGCAAAUAACCAAUAUUUUGAGAACCACGCUGUUCCCACCUGCCGAUCAGUAUAGCAGCCUUGGAGGAAGAGACCGAUUGGCAUCUGCGCGUCUUGCCGAGUAUAACCCUGCUUCGGACAAGUUCGACAAUGUCGUCUUUAACUGCAUCCCCACCUACAAUGCUGGUCAAACGGAAACCGAUAUUUGGAAAGGCUACACCUAUACUCCGCACGUCGCUAGAACUGUCACCCCAAUUCUCAGCGAUGAACCGCUUAUUUCUGUGGACGAGGUUCCCAAGCAACCGAGCGAAACUGUUACCGCCCAGCCACCACCUGCCCCUAUUGCAUCAAAGAGACCUGCUCCUACCGUAGCCCCUUCGAUUCGGCCGAGCGAGUCUGUUGAUGGUAGUUUGAACUUCGGAAUUCGACCACAAGACAUUAUAAUCGACCUUGAGGCCCAGCAAAUAGACUUUCCCACUUUGGCGCCAAAGCGGAAAGCUCGCAAUGCUAAGCCCGACACUAAGACUACUGCAUCCCCCAGUGUCGUCUCUGAAGCUCCAAGUCAACAAACUCCAGUUACAUCACAAACGUCGGUCAAUCCAUCGCCAGGAGGCUUAUCUAUAGCAACGACUCGUCCUAGUGGGCCAUCAGGUUCCGAAGCAAGUUCUGCAACCGCUCGACGCCCAAGAAACCCUAGGAAGGUAAAGAAGGCCGCUGAAGAUGGCGAAGGUUCUCAGGAUGUUGGAACCGAGGUUGCAUCCGUCGCUGGUUCUAUUCAAACCGAGAGAACCUUCAAGACAAUGAGUCUCGCCAGUGAGCCAAGCACUGAGGCAACCGGAAACAAGCAGGAAUAUCAAACCCGAACCUAUAAGAAUACUCAGAGCCAAAAGGCUCCGCGCCGUAAGGCUAACUUCGACAAUUUUGAAGCCCUCCAGAAACAUCAAGAUAAUGUCUUGCAUACAGUCUUUAGCGAAGGCUUUGAAGAUGUCAGAAGAUUUUCCGGGGAGCUGAAAUUCGAGGCUAGGCUUGGAAGAAUCUGUUUUCCGUUGGUCCCAAAAAAGUAUCUGAAGUCAUCCUAUGGGUUUCAGUGGGCCAGCUGGGAAGCAGAGCUCGAGCGUGCUGGUAUCCAGACCCUAUUUACGGAUAUCAUCUCAGUUUCACCAUCCGAUGCCGACUUUGUUGUCGGGCUGAAGGUUAGCAAAGGCGACGCUAUGUUCGAGAAUCCACCAAGCACACGCAAGGUCACCUACGAUAUUGAAGGUCUCACUUUUCAAAAAGUUCCAUUCAUAAUCUCUAUCAAUGCUGAGACAUUUGAGUUUGAAGUUCGGGGAAAGGAGGAGAGUUUUGGGAAUGUCUAUGUCAACUGUCCAUGUUCAACCUGGGAUGCGGAUUUCCGUCUCACCGGCUCCAAAAUCAUGAAGGCCCUCCGACCGCAAGCCCAGAAGCUCAUCGAAACGUUAGAAGUAGACACGGAUCUCCAUUACCCUGAUUUAAUCAUCAACACUUAUGAAUUAGGCCUGGAAAUUACUCGCUGUGUCGUUCGUCGUCAAACUCACCAUAUGAUCGUCCCCUCCGACAUUCACUUUGGUCACGAAUUUACUCUCGUUGUCACUGAGAAUAUCGAACUUCGACUCCUAGAGCGCGAGGACCUGCCAAAUAUUAUUCGUUUUUGUGCAGUUCCGGGCGUUGAGAGUUUCCGCCAGAAUAUGACUUGGUACACGAUGAGUGUCGUUUCCGACCCUACUGACCAAGUCUUCUGGAAGAAUCGAUCCCUAGCGAUCACAGAGUUGACAGACACUGCUGCAAAGGAUUUUUUGUUCAAGAAAGCGACAGAUGACAAGACAAUGCUUGCCGCGAUGUUCCAGGUUGUUUGCAAUCUGAUUUCAAAGAUCAACAAUGUUGGAUAUGACAAUACACAGUUUACUCAUCAUACAGCCUGA